AUGAACUCUCCCCUCUUUAGGAAAAUGCUGUCCAGUGGAGUGUGUACAUCAACCGUCCAGCUUCCUGGGAAGGUAGCUGUGAUCACGGGAGCUAACACAGGAGCCCGGGUGUAUUUAGCUUGCCGAGAUGUGCAAAAGGGGGAAUUGGUAGCCAAAGAAAUCCAGACCAAGACAGGGAACCAGCAGGUAUUGGUGCGAAAACUGGACCUUGCUGAUACGACAUCUAUUCGAGCCUUUGCUCAGGGCUUCUUAGCAGAGGAGAAGCAGCUUCACAUCUUGAUCAACAAUGCAGGAGUGAUGAUGUGUCCUUACUCCAAGACAGCAGAUGACUUCGAGAUGCACAUGGGAGUUAACCACUUAGGUCAUUUCCUCCUGACACACUUGCUGCUAGAGAAAUUGAAAGAAUCAGCCCCAUCAAGGGUGGUGAAUGUGUCUUCUGUAGCACAUUUCCUGGGAAGGAUCCACUUCCAUAACUUGCAAGGCGAGAAAUUCUACAAUGCAGGUCUGGCUUACUGUCACAGCAAGUUGGCCAACAUUCUCUUUACCCAGGAACUGGCUCGGAGACUAAAAGGCUCCGGCGUUACAACAUAUUCUGUACACCCUGGCACAGUCAACUCGGAAUUAACUCGAUACUCGCUUUUCAUGACAUGGAUGUGGCAACUUUUCUCUUGCUUUCUGAAGACCCCUCAGCAGGGGGCCCAGACCAGCCUGCACUGUGCUUUAACAGAAGGCCUUGAAGCUCUGAGUGGGAAACAUUUCAGUGACUGCCAGGUAGCCUGGGUCUCUGCUCAGGCUCGAAAUGAGACAGUAGCCCGGCGGCUAUGGGAUGUCAGCUGCAACCUGCUGGGCAUCCCAUUGGACUGA